AUGUCUCCAACUUUAGCAUACGAAAUAAAACCAGUCACUGAAGAAAACAGACAAGAAAUUACUGAUUUCUUGAGGACCGUGUUCUUCAAAGAAGAGCCUCUAAACGCCUACUUAGAAUUAAUAACCGAAGAGAAUCAAGCAUGUCCCACCCUCGAAGAAUUCACCCUAAGACACCUUGAUGACGGCGUCAAUUUGAUGGCGGUUCGAAACAACGAAAUCAUCGGAAUAUGUUUAUGUGUAGCGGUUGAAAAGGGUGUAACAGAACCAUUCGAUUGCGAAAACGAAAAAUACAACAAAAUAGUAGAAGUAUUGGACUACGCGGAAAGGCAAUGCGAUCCUUUCGAAGUAUAUCCUGAGUGCGUGAGAGGUGUCGCAGUACAAGUUAUAUCCGUUAAAGAAUCCUGUACUGGAAGAGGAAUUGCUGCACAUCUCAUCCGAGAAGCCUGCAAGAUAGCUGGAGAGCGAAAAUUCGAAUUCAUGAACAUAACGUGCACAGGACUGUACUCAGCGAAAUUAGCGGCGAAAUUGAAUUUCGACUUGAAGUAUACUUUAAAUUAUUCGGAUUAUCAGCGAAAUGGAAUCGUCGUAUUCAAACCACAACUGCCUCACACGUCUAUUAAUGUAUAUUUAAAAAAAUUAUAA